AUAAGAUUGAUCUCCUUCUUAGAUUAAUCUUGAAAUUUUCCAAAAUAUACAAAUGGAAGAAAUUCAAGUACCUUCUUAUUUUAUUUGCCCCAUUUCACUUGAGAUGAUGAAAGAUCCUAUCACGAUCUCUACAGGAAUAACAUAUGAUCGAGAAAACAUUGAAAAAUGGAUAUUCUCUGAAAAGAAGAACACUUGUCCGGCUACGAAACAGUCUCUUACAUGCAUAGAGUUGACCCCAAAUGUUACUCUGCGACGAUUAAUCCAAUCGUGGUGUACUAUCAAUGCGUCUCAUGGUAUUGAAAGGUUCCCUACACCAAAGCCUCCGGUAAGCAAACCACAAAUCAUAAAGCUCCUAAAAGAAGCGAAAUCGCCUAAAUUGCAAAUGAAAUCUCUCAAGAGACUCAGAUCCAUAGCUUCUGAGAAUGAUGCUAACAAACAUUGCAUGGAAUCUGCGGGGGCAAUGGAGUUUUUAGCUUCUAUAAUUAAUAAUAAUAAUUCGAAUGAAGUGUUUGAAGAAGAAAAAGAGGGUUUCAUGAGUACUAAAGACGAAGCGCUUAGCAUCCUCUAUCAACUCAAAUUAUCCGAACAAGGAUUGAAGUCACUCAUCAUGAGUGGAAAUGGAGAAUUCAUUCAAUCUUUGACACGUGUCAUGCAACAUGGGAGCUAUGAGUCUAGGGCUUACGCGGUUAUGCUAAUGAAAGACAUGUUCGAAAUAUCCACACCAACUCUAGUUUUGAGUUUGAAGCAAGAAUUCUUCACACAAGUUGUUCAAGUCUUGAGGGAUGAGAUCUCUCAAAAGGCUACAAACGCAUCAUUGCAAGUGCUAGUGCACGCGUGUCCAUUUGGUAGGAACAGAGUGAAAGCAGCAGAAGAAGGAACAAUUAGGGUUUUGGUUGAUCUUCUGCUCGAUUCAUCUGAAAAAAGGGCUUGUGAAUUGAUGUUAAUUUUGUUGGAUCAACUUUGUCAGAGCGCAGAAGGGAGAGCCGAGCUAUUGAAUCAUCCAGGAGGAUUAGCCAUUGUGUCCAAGAAAAUACUUAGGGUUUCAAAAGUAGGGAGUGAAAGGGCAAUUAAGAUCUUACAUUCAAUCUCAAAGUUUUCAUCAACACCAAGUGUUGUUCAAGAGAUGUUGAGUUUGGGUGUGGUAUCAAAGCUUUGUUUGGUGCUUCAAGUUGAUUGUGGAAGCAAAGCUAAGGAAAGAGCUAGAGAAAUUCUCAAAUUUCAUGCUAAGGCAUGGAGUAAUUCUCCUUGUAUACCUAAUAAUUUACUAUCUUCAUAUCCAUUUUAGGAAUUAGGUAGAAAUGAUCAAAAAUUGCUUAGUAGUGGAUAAUAUUUGUGUACAUAAUUUAUUCUUUUCAGAAAAUAGAAAAAAAAUGGACAAAAUGGUCCAUGAAAUUUAAUUGUUCACAUA